AUGUCCGCAGCGGUCGCUCCGCAACACCGGCCCAGCGCCCCAAACUGCGCGCCUCAAAGGGCACCUCGCCAGCCAGACUGGAACUCGUUUUACAAGAAUGGCCUGCCGAAGGAGGUCAUUGUGAUUGAGGACUCACCCGAUCCCACAACUAGCCACACAGCUGGCAGACCAGUGCUCUCGGCCUCGGCCACAGAGAACCGAGUCUCGACCACGAGAAAGCGAAAGGCACACGAACCUUCGGAGGUCGGCUCGGUCGGGAAUGGCACCACAAAUGGGUCGAAUAUAUGCUCAAGUCACUCCGAGUCCAACCUUGGCCGGAAACGACGAAGAGUCGGAGAUCGCCAAGACGACACCCCGAGCUCUAGCCAGAGUGUGACGUCUGUCAAGAGACCAAAGUAUGAGGACUACAAACCACCCCGGGGUCCCGCCCGAAGGGUAAUGAACGCCAAUAUUCGAAUUGUGCACGAUGACAAGAGCCACAGCAGUGCCGCUUCUGUCGAUGAUGAGGACGGACACUUUAUCAUUAUCCCCGAGCAGCGUGUGGGAAGACAAUAUCGAAUCGAGAGACUGCUCGGGCAGGGCACAUUUGGCAAGGUUGUCAAGGCCUUCGACAUGGUCCGGCAAGAGCACGUCGCCCUCAAGAUUAUUCGCUCAAUUCAGAAAUACCGAGACGCCGCGAGAAUCGAACUACGAGUCCUACAAACUUUACGAAAUAAUGAUCCAGAAAACCGAUAUAGAUGCAUUCAUCCCCGAGACAGCUUCGACUACAAGGGUCAUAUUUGCAUCACCAUGGGCUUGAUGGACUCGAGUAUAUUCGAUUUUCUCAAAGCGAACAACUUUGCUCCUUUUCCCAACAGCCACAUCCAGAGCAUAGCCCAUCAGCUGCUCACUAGCGUUGCUUUUUUGCAUGAUCUCAAGCUUGUGCACACAGACUUGAAACCUGAAAAUAUCCUUCUCCAAGACGCCAACUACCAAGCCUUUACAUACAACCGCAACAUCCCCUCUGUCUCGGCGGCAACUUGCCGUCAAGUAAAGCAAAGACGAGUCCUACUGAAGCCGGAUAUUUGCCUCAUUGAUUUUGGCUCCGCAACUUUCGAAGACGAGUAUCAUAGCACGGUUGUUUCAACUAGGCACUACAGAGCUCCGGAAGUCAUACUCGGCGUGGAUUGGUCGUACCCUUGCGAUAUUUGGAGCAUAGGAUGCAUUCUGGUCGAGUUGUUCACGGGCGAUGCUUUGUUCCAGACACAUGAGAACAGGGAACAUCUCGCCAUGAUGGAAGCCGUCUGCGGUCGUCCCAUCGACAGGACGCUGGUGCAACGAGCAAACAAAGCCUUCAAAACGGCCAAGCCCGGAACACUCAACUAUUUCAAGCGCCUCAAGCUUGAGUACCCAAUCACGGAGACGACCAGAGCAUCGAGGCGAUUUGUAAAUAAUAUGAAGAAGCUGGAGGAAAUCAUACCACCCACAAAUCCGUUUCUGUCAAACUUUUUGGAUUUGUUGCACAAGAUGUUUGCAUUUGACCCGAACAGCCGAAUCACGGCAAGGGAAGCACUGCAACACGGCUGGUUCCAAGAAGGCACCCGUGAUGACGGUACCGAGGCGGCAAGACUGCAUGCCGAGCGUGCCUCUGCCGUAAGAUGA